GGAUUGUUGUUUCUCCCUCCUGUUGGUCAUUUCUCGUCCUGUUCUCGUAAGGUUCAGCGUCAUACAUUCGUUAUAAACAUCUAACUGCCUACAUAAUAUCUACUUAUUCGUUUUUGCUUGGUAUAUUUACCUAAUAUAUUAUAAUCAGCAAACUAUUAAUUUCCAAUUCUAUCAGACGUUCAGCUUAUUUAAAAUACUUCACCAACAAAAAAAAGUCAUCGCGUGUUGUGAACACCACCCAACACUGCAAUGGCACAUAAUGAGACGGAGACGAGAGAUGAGCGGGCUGUUUCGCCUGUGAGCAAUGCGGCGCCGGUGAAUCACGAGGACCCGAUAUCGAGGAAUCAGCUACCGACUUCUGCACCUCAACAAUCUCAGCCGCAACAACCCAAUGCGCUAUACCAGCAGAAUGCGCCGUAUCAACAACCUUACGGAGGCUACCCCUACCCGCCUCAACCGUAUCAAUAUGGGCAACCUAUUCGAGCUCUCCCCGCGUAUUCCAAAACUUGGGUAAUGAGCAAGCUGAUCAUCACCAUCGCCUCAACCAUCUCUUCCAUCAUCAUCCUCGCCCUGGCCAGCGCGCUCCUUGCGGAACAGGAAAAUGAAGGCAUCUCAUACUACGCCUUACCGAUUUCCAUCGCCAUGAUCCUCUGGAACGGCGCCGAGCUCAUAACCCUCGGUGUGCGUUGGCGCAGGGGCAUAAAACGUGGAAUCCACCCCGGCGCACAUGUAGGCCUGCAUCUCUGCCUGUGGAUUGUCUGUGUGUUCGGGAUUCUCCUUUCGGUCUUCAUGGUCCUUUCCGUGGAGUCAGCAGUCAUGGAAUGCGCCGACGAUGACGACAAUACCUCUUCUUAUAGCAGAAGGUACUGCAGCAUGUAUCGUUAUGGCAAUACUUCAUAUAUGAACGGUACGUAUCUCCCGCUUAUUCGCGCCGUGACCGCCUUCUUCUGCCUAUCCGGUCUGAGCCAUUUCGUCCUCUUCGUGCUGGCCUGUGUCGAGACACACAAACGGAAUUUGAUGAGACCCGCCGGUGUGGUAAUGCCCCCGGCACCACCUCCAGGAGCCAUGUACUUCCCGCCCACUAUCCAGAACGGCGCCGCUCCGUACUAUCCGUACCCCAUGCCGAUGGCGCCUCAACAGGCAUAUGGCGUACCGCCGACCAAUGCGCCUGGGGCCGGCACGGGGAAUAACACCGGCCAGAAUCCUACAUCGCAGAACUACCAGAACUACGCAGGGUUCUACGCACCGGAACCCGCCCAUGGAGUACAUUCGACCCCGAUGGCCGCGCCAGGCCCGAGCAAUGAAAAGGCUGUAGCCUCCGGCUCCGGUUCAGCGCCAGCCGGCCAAGCAGUGUAAUGGAACAAACAGUUGGCUGGGCAUAUUUUUUGUGUUGGGCGUUCCGGCGUGGUAUGCAAUGUCCCACUAGUAGUAUAUCCAGCUCUUAGCUAGAGACGAGAUAAGACGAACGAUGUAUGUGUGAUGGCUACUUUAUAUAGUAGCGGGCUAUUUGGGAGGUUGUUAAUGUUAAGGCGGUACAUAGUACGUUGAUACCCCUGGUUACCUGCAUGAUAUGUACAUAAUAUAUGUUACCUACAUUGUUGUCGUUGGGUUAUUGUUAUUGCCACAGCCCUAGGCAUCAAGGACCGUUAUUUGUUAAAAGCGAAGGUUUAUUAUUCUAUAUCAAUUUGAUGAUGUGGUCUGGUCUUAAAUUGAAACGCCACGUGUGAUAUGAGCAUGCGUUCGUAUGACACAAUCUCAUGUCACAUAUGUGCAAUGCAACUCUGUGUCUUAGCAGCUCCGAAAGGUUGAUGAUGAGUGGGGGUAUACUUAUUGUUGUCAAAUGCGAUAUUGCUUCCAAGGCUCUGAUCCGCCCUUAAAAAGAAUGAUCUCGGAUGAGGGUAAA